AUGCCCCUGGGGUUACUGGGAAAGAAGAAGACCAAGUCCAAGGAGACCACCCCGCUGGUGGGGGGCGAGCAGGCGGGCGCGGGCGGCGGGAGCCUCCCGGAGCCCCCGGCGCCCCGGGCUUCCGAACGCAAGCUGAGCUUCCACACGCAGCUGGCGCACGGCAGUGCCACGGGCCAGGUGGAGAAUUUCUCCAGUAUCCGGGAGCUCUAUAUCAAGAUCGCCGAAGUAUUUAAGAUCUCGCCGACCGAGAUUUUAUAUUGUACUUUAAACACACCUAAAGUUAACAUGGAAAAACUCCUAGGAGGACAAUUAGGUCUUGAAGAUUUCAUAUUUGCCCACGUAAAAGGAACAGCAAAAGAAGUGAAUGUUUAUAAAUCUGAGGAUUCACUUGGUCUCACUAUAACCGAUAACGGUGCUGGCUAUGCUUUUAUAAAGAGGAUUAGAGAUGGUAGCAUUAUUGACUCAAUUAAAACAAUUUGUGUGGGGGAUCAUAUUGAAUCCAUAAAUGGAGAAAAUGUUGUUGGGUGUCGUCACGUUCAAGUUGCUAAGAAGUUGAGGGAAUUAAAGAAAGGAGAACUCUUUACCAUGAAGUUGAUAGAACCUAAGAAGGCUUUCGAAAUCGGGCCAAGGUCAAAACCUGGGAAGUCGUCAGUAGAGAAAAUUGAUUCUGGCAAGGAGACACUUCGUUUGAGAUCAAAAGGUCCUGCCACUGUAGAAGAAACGCCUUCUGAAGUCAAGGCAAAGGCAAUUGGAAAAGUUGAUGAGCUGCUUGAAUUGUACAUGGGAAUUAGAGAUAUUGAUUUAGCUACCACCAUGUUUGAGGCUGGAAAGGACAAACAAAACCCAGACGAGUUUGCUGUGGCACUUGAUGAGACUCUUGGAGACUUUGCGUUCCCAGAUGAAUUUGUCUUUGAUGUUUGGGGAGCCAUUGGCAAAUUCAAGCAAGGGUGAGGCGCCUGUGGAUGAUCCAUCGCCGAAGAAACACACCAUUGUUUUUCUUAAAAACAGCUCUAUGGAACUAUCCUUUGGAGAAUUCUGUGAACUUGGCUUAGUUUUACAUAUAAGAAAUACAGUCUUUGAAAUAUCA